UCUGUGUUCAUGAAGCGUUGAGCAGCGAGCAUUGAGCCUGUUCCGGGAUGAAAUAAAGCAGACAUGCUUGGUAACUCCCAUAGACUGUAUAUAAAUAACUCCCUGUGAGCUGAUAUGCUAGCAAUGCUCACAUUUUCUCUGCUCUGGUAAAUAGUUUUACUGUUGCAGAAGUGGCCUACGUGGCUCUUUAAAUAUGUCAAAUCUGUCACAGAAGCAGCACAAGUUGUAGUAGGUUAGCUGAUGCCUGUUAAAGCAAUGUAGGAAACGUUUAAUGUUCUAAUACCAAGAUUCUUAAUUUUGUUCGUCAGGCUCUGGCUAACUCAGGACAAAAGCAAAAGUGGUGAACUUUGUUCAGACUGUUUAACUCAACAGGAAGACCUAAGGCCAGGACAUGGCGCUGCGUGCUUGUGGCUUCAUAGUGUUUCGUCGUCUGGCCAGUCGUAUCCCCCCACCAGACAACAUUGAGUACCUCCUCUUGCAGACCUCGUAUGGGCAGCACCACUGGACCCCACCCAAAGGUCAUGUAGAUCCAGGUGAGGACAGCUUUACAACAGCUCUGAGAGAAACCAAGGAGGAGGCGGGGCUGGGAGCGGAGCAACUGCAGGUGAUUGAAGACUUCGUACGGGAGCUGCGGUACGAGGUGCAAGGCAAACCCAAAGAGGUGCUGUACUGGCUGGCUGAGCUAAGGGACCCAGGGACAGCAGUGACACUUUCUGAUGAGCACCAGGACUACCGAUGGGCCCGGCUGGAGGAAGCCUGCACUCUGGCCCAAUAUAAAGACCUGCAGGACACACUGAGAGCUGCCCAGAGACACCUGGAGGCCCAGCAAGACAAAUAGUGAUGAAACAGGAUGUAGACAGGAUGGUUCAAGAAGGGAAAGCAGCAGCUGGCAUGUGGGUGCCUCAGAUCCUUAGUUUUGUAGAAUGUGUCUAAUAUUUAUGUGAUUGAUGAUUCUGACUCUGUUUGGUUCAAAUACUGCUGAGGUUUGUCUCUACUGUGCCGUAAAGUUCGUGGAAUGUGUUCUGUCAAAACAAGAAGAGCAGGUAGGAAAGAUGUCGUUGCUUGAACACAAGAUUAUCUCAGUGACUGCACAAAACCAUUUUUGUGUCUUUGGAGACAUGCAGUGGAAUGAAAGACAUAAAUGUUUAAAUAUAAAUAAACAAAAACAGGACCAAGUGAAGGAGAAAAAGAUCAAGGAAACAGAAUCUCACUUGUAAGUCCCUUGUACUCCGUGGAGUAGCAUUAACUUGAAGCCACUUUUAUCUGACUGUAGUUGGAGUUAAAUGCAUUGAAAAUAAAUAGAACAGGUUUUAUGUACCUGGAAAUUUCUAAAAGCCUAUUUUAAAAUGCAAAAAAAUAUAUAUGCACGAGGAGCUCAUAACUCAUAAAAAGACACUGUGGGCCAAACAAAUUGCUCAAGCAAAAAGAUAACUGGAUAAAAAUAGAUAAUAUAAAAAUAGCAAGCAGUAGAUGCUGCCACAAGGGGGAGACAAAAACAAGACAUCUGGUGGUGUGCAUUUGCCACCAGAGAGGACAACAUACUGCAGGCUGCAGAAACACAACUUGGAUGACCAAUGGGCUCAGUAACAGUCUUAAGGGUUGUUCUCUUCAGCUCCCAGCAUCCAAAUAAAGUGAGAUACACCUAUUACUUUUGCAAAUGCCUUCUCAUCUACAGAUUAAAUGCCAGUCAUGGGGAUCACUUUAUUAUGUUAAGAACUGUGGUCAUAAAAUUUAAUAGAGGCCAUUAUUAUGCAAUGAUUCUGGGUGACUGUACACAUCAUAAAUGUCAGAGAAUGAACAUUGGGUUAACCAUAAAGUUUUAGAGAUGACAUGAUAGACUAUAUAUUAUAUAGGCCUUAAUAUUCUAAUGACACCAUUUACAAGAAGGCAGAAUUACUACGACAUAAAUUAGACUGGACACUUGAUACAGAUCUUGUUUAUUCUUUGUGCUGUCCGCUGACAGGACUCACCUGACCUUGUGAAAAUUCAAAAAUGUAAUUAUUCCAUCUAUAUUAAAUGCUUUU